AUGACUGCUAGGACUGGCAACGUGGGUAUUGCCUUGCUUCCUGAACACAUCGUUGAUUUCAUUCUCAGUUUGCUUCAUGAUGAUGAUUUGGAAGAACUAGCGUUGUCCAAUGGACCAUUCCAAAAGCUCGCAAGAAAAAGAUAUGUUAAGGCUCGUGAACAUAUAUACAUAUCUUCUGGAUGGAUUGACCAGGUUGAUGAGAUUAGAAAUGCUCGUUUGGAUGGAAGUAUGUACUGGAUGACAGAGAAAGAGUUUACGAGAUAUAUUGAAGAUUUCCCAGAAGCAAAAUUCUUCCUAAGGUCAGCGGCACAAGAUUUCUUGAAGAUAGUUGGUAUCAUAGAUUUUGAUUGUGUUCAGAAAAUCGAAAUAUUCUUCUCCACUCAUUUUCCAAUAGACGAACUACCAGACUACUUGGAACUAAUUAGGAGCUUACCUUUCUUAGUUGUAAUUGGUUUGGAUAUUUAUUCAGAUUUCCAUGAGGUAUACCACGAUAUGGAGUUUCCGCCGAACGUGGUAGGCAUAUACACUAGUCAUGAUCGCAGUGACUGGUGCACUUCUUUUGAUACAUUGUUCGUACUUUCAAUUCAAGACGGUGAGUUUCAAGGGAGCAAUUUUCCAAGCAACCUUGUCAUCUUACAUUUAGGUUCAAUGAGCAACAUCAAUUCGUUGGCUCUUCCGAGUACGUUAAAAGAGUUAGGUCUUGCCGAUGUAGAGAAUCUAGAUAUUUCGCACUUGAUAAAUUUACGAAGCUUGGUGAUAAAGUUUACAGACUUGACUGGCUUCGAUUCUUGGAAAUUUCCUGUUAAUAUUAAAUCUUUGCAAAUGAAGUUCUGUGAGAAUAUAAAUAGUUGUUCGAAGAUCCAUGAACUUAUAGAGUUGGUCAAUUUUGACAUCGAGGGAGGGUCAAGAGGGAAACCGUUAUUAGACAUCAAGUUCCCAAAGACUUUGUUAAAGCUAAGGAUAAGAGGAUACGAAGUCAAAGAAGGCUUUGUAUUCCCGCCUCGGCUUAAAUCUUUAUCCCUCGAAUCGGCUGGCAUUUUACAAAACGUGCAAUUCCCAGAGAAUUUAAUUGAGUUGGAUAUUUUCAGUACAAGAUUCCUGAAUUUACCUGAAGAUAAUAAUCCUAUAUACCCAUUUUCUCAAAAACGAUUAUUGAAAUUGUCGUUUGGGUAUGCACCUGGUUCUUUCUUGUUGGGAAUAAACGACAACUUGAAAGACCUAAAAAUUAAUUGCUCGAAUAUUCAAGUAUUAGAUCAAAUAGAACGCUUCAAAUCUUUGGAGUGCUUGACAGUUGAAGGAAGUUCAACUGGUCAGUUUACCAGAAAACUAUUCCACGAGUUAAACUUUCCGCCCAGACUUAAAGAGUUGAAUCUUUUAGUAAUGCAAUCUAGCGAUAAUGACUUCGAAACUUAUCCUGAAGAUUAUUCUUGUGUGGAAGAUGAUAUGAAGUUCGUGAUAGACUAUAGAUUCAAGUUACCAUCAGAGCUAAAAAGAAUUCAUAUUCGGGGACAUGGAUUGGCAAUUGGUAGUGGAUAUGAAUUUCCAAUUGGUUUACGAGCACUUGGUCUAAGAGAGUUGGCUAUUUUGGACAAGCUGAUUACAUUUGACUACAUGACAGAUCUUAGGAAACUAGACUUGUACGGCACCAAUAUCGAACUUCUGGAUGAAUCAAAGUAUCCGAAGAGCUUGGAUGAGUUAAUUGUGUCUUCGAAGCAGUUCGUAUCCCUUACCAACACCCAAUAUGAGGAAAUAGGACCCUUGUUUUGGUUUUUAGAAAUCGAAAAAGGAAAUAUUCUUAUUAGGGCCCUUCAUAUGAUUCCGUGCGACUACUGA